AUGAGCUGGUUCAAGAACAAGAUGAAGGCCGCUGCCUCCAUGGUCGCGCAGGCCGCGGAGGCCGUCGCGCCGUCGUUGAAUCUCACCAUGGCGCUCUACAAGACGCCCGUCGAGGAGUUUCACCAUCGCUGGCAGAUCAUCUCGCUCUUCCUCGAGGCCGUCAUUGCCGAGAAUCUGCCGGAAGCGACGCAGAAGAAGCAGCUCAGCGACUCGAACACGCGCGACAACCUGGCCAAGCUGGUCAAGCUGCUGUACGCCGAGGAAGAUGCGCUCGAUCGCCAGGUGCACGACCGCGACACGUCGAUUGACCAGCGCCCAUGCAUGGAGUACCUCCUCGAGCAUAAUGUGAUCCAGCAGCUCUGCGCCAAGGCUGCCGACGAUUCGCCGAGCGGUCUCAUGGUGCUCGUCAUCAUCUUCCUCACCGACCUCCUCCGCGAGUCCAAGAUCAACUACCCCAUCUUGCCAACGCGUGGCGUCUAUCGCUCCGUGUGCGAGCUCAUCCAGGGCGCAAUGGUCCGCGAAGUCGAAGACGAGAUGGUCGAAAAGUGCUUGCUCCACUGCCUCCACGCGCUCUGGGUCAAGCUCAAGGGCGACCCGGUGCAGACCGAGUUUUUCUUUAUGCGCAUCUACAAGACGACGACGCCCAACAACGAGCUCGCGCUCUCACCGACGCGCAUCUCGGAGCUCGUGCUCUUCACGGGUCUCCUCCCGCACAUGUACCGCGCCGGCAAGCUCGGACUCAAGUGCCGCGAAGGCCUCGCGAUCGCGGCCGGCCUCCAGGAGCCUGGCCUCGCGCGCUUCAUCCUCAAGAUGACACCGUUCUGCAACUACGCGGUCACGGGGAUCAUUGGCGCCUUUGACGCGCUGCCCAAGACGCUUGGCGUCAAGCACGAAAAGUCGUUCCGGUCCGUCGACCUCGACAUGAUCCAGCAAGAGCUCGAUAUUCUCGCGGGCCGCCUCCGCUUUUGCUCGACCUUGGCCAUGGUCGGGACGUUUGAGAUCCUCGACGAAGAGCGCCCCGCGACGCCGCCCAAAGGACUGCCGGCCUCGACCCCCGUCACGCGGCUCCGAUCGAUCACAAGCGAGAUCCUCGUGCAAUUCCACGACCGGUUCCUGGCCGGCCCGUUUCUCGAUGCGCUCCUCGACACGGCGGAAGCAGCGUCGCGCACGGCGCUCGUCUACGCGCGGUCGAUCUUGGACAUGCUUGGCGGGUCGCCGGCCUCGAACCCGCUGCUCCAAGGGUACAUUUCAUUUCUGCUGAGCCACAUGCACGCCAAGGCGGCGCCCACGGCUAUGCCCGUGGUGUCGUCGUCGCACGAGCUGCUGCCGCCACCGAUAUCGGUGGCCUCGUCGGCCAAGCCGCAGCGGCUACUGCAAGAGCUUGUGUACCGACUCAACUCGCUCUCGGUGCCGUUGAGCAUUGCGACCAUCGAGCUCUUUGCGAGUCUUCUCUCGCUGCGCACAACGGUCGUGGAGGACGCCCUCUUGCCACCGCCGCGCAGCCACAAGACGCCGGUGCACAUUGUUUGGUUUGCGUCUCGAUUUCCCCACGCAUCCGUGGCCGCGAUCACGGCCAACGCCGCGCUCUGGGCAGCGGUCAAGCAGCACGACUUUGCGGCCCUGCAGAGCUUUGUGGCCGACGCUCCGACGUUGGCGGACGGCGAGCUCGUCUCGCUUCUCUCGUACAUUGCGGUUGCCGAGCAGUCGGCGUGCUCGGAAAAGUCCAAGACCGAUGCGAGCGACACGGAAGAUGAAGACGAGUUCGACGACGAAGACGUUGACGAAGACGAGAUCGUCGAUCGCCCCACGCGCCGAGGGUCGUGGGCGCUCUGUGUGCCGUCCGUGUCGCAGGUGCCGACGCGCGUACCGUCAUCGACAUCGCUCGCGUCGCUUUUCGAGUCGGUGCUCUUUGGCCGCCUCGAGCGCUGGCUCGACAAUAGCUUGACCGAGAACAUUGCGCUCUCGGGCUUGAUCACGCUUCUCGCGUCGCUUCGACCGCACCUCGUGUUUGACUGGGACCAAGAGCUCGAGAAGGGCAAGUCGGUGCGAAGCAUCCUCGAAGACGUCCACCUCGACGCCUGCGCACGCAUUCAAAGGAUACCGCAAGGCUGGCAGGUUGUAUCGGACGUGCAGGCGCAGCUGCUAGCCAACGCCAACGUCGACGAAGCCAACAGUGUGAUUGUCGCCUUCGUCGUGCUCGAAGAAGUCUUGAAGGAGCUCGUCGCGCUCCUCGUGGCCCAAGACACGGUCAAGACGCUCCCGCUCAAGCCAGAAGGCUACUACAUGGAAGCCAAGAAGACACCCAAGCGAAUCUCUCUCUCAAAGGACAGCGACGUCAUGAGAGGCGACGACGAAGCCACUUAUGUCGACUCGGCCAAAUCGGUGGACGACGACGAAGACUUGGACAAGCUGUUGGACUCGGCGGCGGAACAGCUAGCGUCCAUCAUGACGGGGCCGCUCAAGGCGGACGACACACGACCUCUGGCCAGCGCCGAGUGAUCAAUUGAAGGUAGUCUUAAUAGAUGAUAAAGCAACUGCUGCAUUAAAACGAG